AUGUAUGUUUCUGUUUCUUUCUUUCUUUCUUUCUUUCUUUCUUUCUUCCAACCGUUUCCCAAUAUCUCCUUACUUCUUUCUCUCCUCUUUUCUUUUCUUUCUUUCUGUCGUCUUGCUUUCGUUUUGAAACAGUUUCUUCUUCUUUUCUUUUUUUUCUUUUUCCAACAUUUCUUUCCUUCUUACUUCCUUUAUCGUUCCCCUUCUUUCUUUCUUUCUUUCUUUCUUUCGGUUUCCAACAUCCGUUUCUUUCUUUCUUUGUUUUUUUUCUGUCUUUAUUUCGCUUUCCAACAUCCAUUUGGAUUCUUUCUUUCUUUCUUUCUUUCUUUCUUUCUUUCUUUCUUUCUUCCAAACUUUCUUCUUCUUUUCUUUUUCUUUUUUCCAACAUUUCUUUCCUUCUUACUUCCUUUAUCCUUCCCUUCUUUCUUUCUUUCUUUCUUUCUUUCUUUCUUUCUUUCUUUCAACAUCCGUUUCUUUCUUUCUUUCUUUGUUUAUUUCUGUCUUUAUUUCGCUUUCCAACAUCCCUUUGGAUUCUUUCUUUCUUUCUUUCUUUCUUUCUUUCUUUCUUUCUUCCAAACGUUUCCCAAUAUCUCCUUACUUCUUUCUCUCCUCUUUUCUUUCUUUCUGUCGUUUCAUUUUGAAACAGUUUCUUCUUCUUUUCUUUUUUCUUUUUCCAACAUUUCUUUCCUUCUUACUUCCUUUAUCCUUCUCUUCUUUCUUUCUUUUCUUUCUUUCUUUCUUUCAUUCUUUCUUUCUUUCUUUCUUUCGCUUUCCAACAUCCGUUUCUUUCUUUCUUUCUUUCUUUGUUUUUUUCUGUCUUUAUUUCGCUUUCCAACAUCCCUUUGGAUUCUUUCUUUCUUUCUUUCUUUCUUUCUUUCUUUCUUUCUUCCAACCGUUUCCCAAUAUCUCCAUACUUCUUUCUCUCCUCUUUUCUUUUCUUUCUUUCUGUCGUCUUGCUUUCAUUUUGAAACAGUUUCUUCUUCUUUUCUUUUUUCUUUUUCCAACAUUUCUUUCCUUCUUACUUCCUUUAUCCUUCCCCUUCUUUCUUUCUUUCUUUCUUUCUUUCUUUCUUUCGCUUUCCAACAUCCGUUUCUUUCUUUCUUUCUUUGUUUUUUUCUGUCUUUAUUUCGCUUUCCAACAUCCCUUUGGAUUCUUUCUUUCUUUCUUUCUUUCUUUCUUCCAAACUUUUCCCAAUAUCUCCUUACUUCUUUCUCUCCUCUUUUCUUUUCUUUCUUUCUGUCGUCUUGCUUUCGUUUUGAAACAGUUUCUUCUUCUUUUCUUUUUCCAACAUUUCUUUCUUUCUUUCUUUCUUUCUUUCUUUCUUUCUUUCUUUCGCUUUCCAACAUCCGUUUCUUUCUUUCUUUCUUUGUUUUUUUUCUCUUCUCUUAUUUUUCUUCUUUCUCUUUAAAUGUAUCUUUCUUUCUUUCUUUCUUUCUUUCUUUCUUUCUUCCAACCGUUUCCCAACAUCUCCUUACUUCUUUCUCUCCUCUUUUCUUUUCUUUCUUUCUGUCGUCUUGCUUUCAUUUUGAAACAGUUUCUUCUUCUUUCUUUCUUUCUUUCUUUCUUUCUCUUUCCAACAUCCGUUUCUUUCUUUCUUUCGUUUUCCAAUAUUCAUUUCUUUUUUCUUUCUUUCAUUUUCCAACAUUCUUUCUUUCUUUCUUUCUUUCUUUUAUUUUUCCUCCAUUUACAUUAAUAUUUCAUUAUCAAGUUUCACCAAUAUCCUUUCUUUUAUAUUUCUCUAUUUCCUUUUCAUUUUUCAAAUCAAUUUCUUUCUUUCGAUCUUUUUCCUUAUUUAACUCGUUCCUUUUUGCUUAUUGA